AGACUGCAACUGAUACGGACGAGUAAUGCCUGCAAUCUGUUUUUACCAUCGGUUCUCAUGUUCGGUGAGAGUCUGCUAGCAAGAACACCGGCGCUAUCUGUUGCAAAGAUAGCUGGGCUAGCGGUAGAAAAGGGGGAGAAAGGAGGAGGUAGAUAAAUAGAGGCUUGCGUUUGAUUCCUCAAGUAGAUGGACAAAGCCGGCAAAAAAAAGGACAUCAUACGCUCGGUAAAGAGGCAUAGUACUGCCGAUUCAUUACAGUGAAUUUGUGAAAUUGGUCAUCUGCUUUGUCCGACACUGUCGCAGAUUUCUCUGAGUGGUAGCCCAACACAUUUCGCCUGUGGAGUUUACUUCAGACGGGAAUUUGACUGCAGAUUAGCUAGGUCUGCAGUGGUUGGAUGUAGCUCACCUGCACUCAUCAAGAUGGGUGUUUCCACAACAGGACAUGCCAGAGAUAUGUGUGCAGCAUCGUCACGAUGAUCAGGAAUCAACUGCAGGCCGGGAGCUUCUGCUGCUGAAGACAGGUCAUGCAUGUACUGUCAACAUGCUUAAGGAGCAGCUCCUGAAUCGCGAGGACCUGCUCGAGUCACUGGACACAGAGCCCAUUUUCGACUACCUCCUCCAACAUGGCGUCUUGGACAAGACAGCCAUUGAUGGGAUUUGUAAUGAAAAGACGACCAAGGAACGGAACACUGCCCUGCUACAGCAUCUUGAAGGCACAGGGAACAAUGCGGUGGCGCUCUUCAUCAACGCGCUGCGGCAGUCGGGACAACUUCACCUGGCCAGCACUCUUGAUACAUCCCAAAGGAUUAAGCCUAUCUACGGAACAGGUUACUGGGAGAAACAGAGACACAAAGGUCAAGUCAUGGUCAAAAUUCAGGUCAAGUCUGUUAAGGUUCUUGUACCCAAUGAAGAAACACCAGACAAACGAUCUCGAACCAGGGAGAUCUAUGAUGUUAAGAUGACCCCCCGACGACUCCACAAGUCGUAUGACAACAUGCUGAUGCUGGAUCCAGAAGAACAGCCCACACCAAAACCAAUCCGCAUCGUGGAUUAUCCUUAUGCUAAGGAUGAAGAAGAAGAGGAUGAAUCCAUCAAACCCAAGAAAUCGUGUUGGUGCAUGUGCUUUCCUAUGUUCCGUAGUCGUCGAAAAACGAUCAAGGAAAAGAAAUAUAUCGAGAAGGGGGGACCUGGUAAAGGUUCCCAGAAUUCACAGUCCCCAUCACGAGAGAAACUUAACCCCAGACCAUUAAGUCCCACCAAACAGAAAAUGAACUCCCCCUCAAAGGGAAGUAACUCUGGUUUGACCAAUCCAAGUGACAAGGCACUUAACGGGAAUUCCCACUCACGGACCAACAGUCCCCUGAAGGACUCACGGACAGAAUACAAGAACAGUGUUAAUGAUCAGCGAACACAUUCGAAACGAGAUCACGACAACAAGGAAAAUAUGGACCCCGUAAUAAUGAGAUAUAACGAUCAGUUGGAAUUGGUCGAACUAAAACGUUACUCACACAAAUCAAGUCCAAAACGACAUGCCUCGUCAAAUUCCGUCAUGUGUGAAAAAUGGAAACACGAUGGUAAGCAUUACGAGGAAAAAUCGAGUGAGUUUUAUGGGCUGUUUGACAGAGAUUUGAAAAACAGCUGCAUAAAAUAUUUCGAACAGGAUCGAGGGACACUCAUCUUGCAGAUUUUCAGCGAUAACCAAGGAAUUACUGUUUUCAAUAUUUGCAUGACGCUAGACCAAGUCUCGAACCUUCAUGAAGACUACACUGGCGGCAAGCUACAGCAGAAACUACAUUCUAUUCUCAUGGCUAAUGGGACCAUUGAACGACUGGACGUGCUCGACCUUGACCUUGCAAUUACUAUCGAGGACAACCAGUUUGAUGAAGCGACACAAGAGCUUACGUGAUGUUUAAUUUGUGGCAGUGAAUGGCGGCCAUAUGCAAUUACACAUCCAUACUUCAAUAUUUCCACUACAGAACCAACUCGGAGCACAUCUCACGUUUUACGACACUAGUUCAACGUUUCCAGAAGACAAGGAGAAGAACAAAUACAAAAUAUGAUCUGGCGUGUGACAAACUAACUGUUGGGUUUAUCUACAUAUCAGAGACGCAUUGAAUACACAUCACGUGAUUGAUCACCCACAGCACAAAGUUUCAUGAUCAUUAAAAUCGUUGACUAUAAUCACGCUGACUUGCAAUAUAUCACACAUGCUGACAUGCAAAAUUGACCAGUUUCUUGUGUUUUUCGAGGAGAAAAUAUAUGUUCUCAAUCAAGAUGUUUGAAAUGUGCAUCAUUUCGCAAUCCGUUGGUCCUGUUGCAAUGAAAGACACACCAAAUGCAUCGGUUAUUAAUCGACAAAUUCCUACAUGGUUCCAGGUUAUGGUACCACAAGACUGACACUUGAUGGGUUCACCUGUUUGUGUGAUGUGAAAUGUAAAAUAUAUAUGUGUGGUUUUUGCCUUGUGUUUUUCGGCGGUUGUCAUUACAUGUAUAAAUUAGCAUCAAUAACAAUGUAGAAUCUAGCUCAAUUCGAUGGACUACAACAGUGGUGCUCCAAUCAGUCAAUAUCAAUUCUUUUAGCAUUCAUAACGGAUCCUCAUACAGUUGUUUCACCGAGCACUGAGUGCUGUGCUCAUUGUUUGUUCAUUUCUGUCUGGGAUAUAUAUACGACAGUGGCCAUCUCGUACACAUCUUCCCGAGGCAAGUGUGUCCACAAGCCUAUAUCAAAGCCUAGUUUCUACCCUUGCCACAUCAAGGCCACUUUUCUUGGCUCAACCUUGGCGCCACCUCGCGUAGAUCGGGAGUUGUGCCCCUUGUAAUGAAAAUGCAAAAUCCAAUCAAAUAAAAUGGAUAUCCAGAUCGCUGUUAUCUUGAAGAGCUUCACAAAGAUGGAGACAACCGAAGGCGACGACCUAGUCGAUAAGAUAAUGAAAAUAUUCGCGUUUUGAUCCCUGACACAAAAACAUAGGCAAUCGUUGAGGGGUUUAAAAGAUGGAAAACACAUAUUCAAAGGCAGGCAGCGAUAAAUAACCUUCAUUCAAAGGUGUACCAGUCGUGGAUGUUGAUUUUGUGAAACGUUCUGUUUGGGCUGUCGAUAUGCACGAUAGUCCAAUCAUAUUACCUACAGGGGAGUGGGUUUGAUGUGGCAAGGGUGGAAACAAGUCUUUGAUAAAAAGGCAAGUGGACGCUCUUGGUCCUGGAAGAUGUGUUGUGCACUGCAGUUGUAGAUGUGUAUAUUACAGAGACCAGCUUGUACAGCAUUCUUGGACUGUCCUUCCACUGAUGUCAACUCGCUGCAGUUCUCACCUUCGUCAUUUCCUGUAUGAAACUUAUAGUGCUGUGUUGCCAUGGUAAUGGACAACCUCAGAUGGAAAGUCUGUUGCUAGGUUUCGAGAUUAUCUGUAGUGUACAAAAAUUUGUGAUUGCGGUGAAUGUGAAAAUGUUUCCUAGUUUUUGAGGAGUUUAUGCAUUUAUGCAGAAAUGUGAAGUAUUUAGAUCAAGUUUAUGCACACUGACAUAUGAUGUUUGCAUCGUACAUUUCACCUGCUCAUGAAGCACCUCAAUAAUAUUUUACGAAUAUUGCAGACGAAACGUUGGUAGUGUUAACGUUCAAAGAAGAAAAGUAGUGUGAUGCCUUCUGGGUUUUUUCAGAUGUUAAGUGGACAAGCUGAGAGAAUAAUUAGAAAAUCUUUAAUGAGUAGUUUGAAUGACAAAAUGGCAGAUUGGGUGAAACCAUUAAAAUAUUGUGAUAUUUUUGUGAUAGAUAUACACACUGGUUCAAUAAAUAAAUUACCAAAAUGAUACUGUUUCAUGGUGUGCUCAAUUUACACUAUUUAUCAAUUUUAAAUAUCCAAACGCACCUCUACUAUGGAUAUAGGUGAUAAUUAACUACUUAAAGCAUUGACCCUGUGAUAAUACUUUUCCGAUUAUUUGCAGAAUAAGCAUUUUUCCUUUAAACUUCAGUGCUAAAUUUACACAUUUUAGUUAUUAGACAAAGAGACUCCAAAUCAGCGUUGUAAAUAUGUGAGCUUAAAUCUAUAAUAUUACUGUGAUAAUGAAAAAUUAUAAUAAGAAUAUAAAAAUGAGAUGAUGCAGAUGACUUCUUUGAGAAGCAUUUAGAAGUUGGAGUACGAAGUAAGGAUAAGAAGUAUGGAUGAACAACUUCUUUGUAGAUGAUAAUGAGUUUUGUAUUAUAAUGAGGUUUUAAAGAAGUGAUAAAUCAUCAAAUUCAACAAACUCUAGUUCUUCUCUGCCAGAUAAACCCAGUGAAAUGUUGUCUUAUAUUAACAGACGAUAUACUAAUUUCCACAAAACUGAUUUUCCCCUGAUAAACCGAGUGACACUUGGUCUGGUAAACAGAACAUGUACUGAUUUCCACAAGACUGAGUUUAAUCUAGUCAGAGUUCUCUCUUUUAAACGAAUUAAGAUUUCCGAUUGUGUUUCAUGAUGCAAAGCAUGUCUUCCCAAAGACACAACACAGAACGCAACUCAAAACCUCACUGGCCUCUGUGUGAUGUAGUGUUGCUAUCCUUAUCACAGUAACGUUGUGCUUACACCAGUAUAGCUGUUGUGAUGAAAUUACAUUGUUUGAUCUAUUAAGCACAACUGCAAUUCUUAAACAUUAUAUGCUGGGGAAAGACCGGUUUUCUUUCUUGGUAAGUGUGCAAUUUCGGCUAAAGAGUAACAUGAAAAUAAAUAUAACAGGAUCAAUUUGAGGUCAUUUUCCUUGAGAAUAAAACUCUUUGAACUAAAGUUUAAAAAAAAACCCAUCUAAAAUCAACAGGUGCUAAUAAGAUUUUCAAAUUUAUAUUUUAAUUUGAUGUUUCUUUUUCAGUGCGAAAACUAAGGGUAAGCAGGUCUAUUAUUGAAAAAUAAGAUCAGUAUUGCCUUUUGGCAGGUGAAAGGUCUAAGUAUAAACUAUGAAAACAUUUUCUUUCGGUUUUUCUUUAAGAGAUUUUGAAAUUGUAACAAACAAGUUGAUAUAAGCAUACAGACAUGGCCACAUAUCUCAUGUGUCAUGUUUAUGGGAGGGAUGACACCUGGUAGAUCAAAUAUGGUAAAGUCUGUAUGUAACUUCAUGUAACAGUCACACAAAGUGGGCAUUUUCAUGUUUUGCUUUCAUAAAAUAUAAUAUCCAGCAUUGAAGCAUUCAUUGAAACUUUCAUUUCACAAACUUGAGGACCAUCUCAUUUUUAAUUCCAAAAUUCAUUCUUGAGACUGUGAAAUAAUAUUCAGUGUGAUAUUUGUAUUGUGGUCAGAUUUGUCCUCAGAGUAAUAUGACUUAUAAAGUUUGAAAUUAUAUAGCUAAAAGAUAUAUUUAAAUCUGAAGAUAUUUCACAGUCAUAAUGGGGUGUUAUUUAACAUACAUCAUACCGUAUUUAUCACAGUAAGCUGACCUUUCCAAAUAUAACGAUUGUUUUGGUUCAUAUCUUAUAUGUACACUUUUUGGUGUGUGAAAUUUUUAGUAUUUUUUCUCUCUACCCAUGUAUGAGCUAUUUAAAGGAAUAGAAUGUUAAUUUCUUAAAUGUUAUUUUCCUAAGCAAGCAAGAAAUGUGCCUUCAGUCUGUUGUAUUCGGGAGCAAAAUGGACAACUAUUGUGACGUGAAUGAUGAUAUGAGGUUCAAGUCGUAGGUAUGAAUGAUCAAAGAAACAAAUGCUGAAAAUGUAAUUAUGUUACGAAUGACUGCUGUUUCAACUUCCAUUUUCUCAUAUGAUAUCUAGCUACGCUUCAGAAUCAAGGCAGUUAUGCCAAGAUGCAUAAGCAAAGUUUGGACACAGUGUUUCAGUGUUAAUAACUUUUCUGAUUACAAUUCAGAUUUGGUAUUUAAUCUACAAUGAGAGCAUUUGGUUUUAAAAGAAACUCUGUUAUGGAAAUAUUUGCUUCAUAAGGUUUCUGGUUUGUGAGAUUCGGAAAAUCACACAAUUCACUUUGACGUGAAUUUGAAUCAUCAACAAUGAGUUAAGUGAGUUAUAUCCUGUGAUGUUUUGUUUUGAUCUCUUAAAUAUUUUUUAACAAAUGGUGAACAAUAGGUUAUGGUAUAGAACAUGUGAACCUGACUAUUCUUUUAGUUGAAUUACAUAAUAAACAAUGCAUGACAUAAUAUGGAUAGUGUUCUGUUAAUAAUAGGUCAUUUUUAUCACUUAGUUUGCAGAUUUGUUUCUCAAAGUCUUAUCUCUCUGUUUGAGGAGCAAUUUUUAAACAGGAAAUUUUUUGAAAACUCGACCAUAUUUGUGAUGUUUUGUUUGGGCCGAUCUGUGAACUAAGAACAGAAAUGAGCCAGCCUUUACUAUAUUUUGGUGACACGAUUACAUGUGGUGCUGAUGGUUUGAUGCUGAGAUUUGUUGACACUCCCCAUGAAAGGUAAUACAAAGACUGGACACGUCACCACACCCUCACAGGAUUAACAUGAUGUUGUUUCAAUUUCAUGGUGUAAUAUUUUCUGAAAUAUUUGUUAAUUGAGAGUGAGUGAGUGAGUAUGGUUUUACGCCACUUUUAGCAAUAUUUCAGCAAUAUCACGGCGGGGGACACCAGAAAUGGGCUUCACACAUUGUACCCAUGUUGGGAAUCGAACCCGGGUCUUCGGCGUGACGCUUUAACCACUUGGCUACCCGACCGCCCCGUUAAUUGAGAGAUGAUGCCAUGUUUCCUCAAAGCUAAAUUUUCAAAGAUAACAGUUUGUUCGUUAUUUGGAUUCUAAAUUCAUUGCCAGAUUGUCUGUCCAACAAUCUCUGACCCAGGACAUUAUGAGAAGUACCAUAUUCGAUGUAAUAAGCGUCAAGGGCGCUCUCAAAAUUAGAAAUAGGGGGCUCUUUUUGGAAUAUAUUUUCGGUGAGAAAAAAAAACAGAGUUGAAAGAUCGUAAAUUUUGUGGUUUAUGCUGACAGCCUGAAAUGAUACAAAAGAACAGUCUGUGCGUAUUAUAUACGACAGAUGUAUUUUCCAGAAUUUAAUUGCCCAUGAUUAAGGGAGCAUAUAACACACGAGUGUGUUUUAUACACGAUAUAUUGUUUUUUGUUUCAACUACACAUGAGCACUGUCCAGCUGACACUUAUAUCUAAAGGGAGGCAACUCUGUUACAACAUUGAUAUCUCAAGCUCUUCACAGCGAUAACCCGUUUGCGGAGCUCUCUAUAGUAUCGCUGCCACCAGUCAACUCCCCACAGUGAUAGAUGACCACAGCCAUGCCUAGAGUUGAACUAGCAACCGAAUGACCGUCCUGUUACAAAAAGUGACGAUUGUCAUGACGCCGAAUACACUUAACCCAGCUAAAUUACUUUCUUUCUUUGUCAAUUUGAAUUUCUGUUUCAUUACAACUAUGAUGUAAUUUAUAUGGUAAGAAUAUAUGGGAGAAGUUGGCUGAUAUUCCAUUAGUCUGCAAUCUCGACCCAACUGAUUAUACAAACCACAAAGUAAAUUCAUCUUGAAAACAUGGUCAGUCGUAGACCUUUUCAAAAUGAAUGAUGAUGGCAUUCCUAAGGACAUAAACAAAAGUAUGAACCUUACAACAUUUGGGGUUUGAGGUCAAAUUUCAAGAUUCUUGUAAUGGCCGAACCCACACUGGUGGAAGGGAUGUUACAAACGAAGGUGUCAGGCGUUGGAAAGGAGCUUCAUUGAUAUAUGUGUUAAGGGAGGCAACUCUAAUCUGGUUACUUUGCCAUCUGUGUAAAGGGAGGCAACACUUCUUUGGAUCCAUACUUGAACAUCUUGAGUGAAUUUGAAACCAAUAGUUAUUCAGUAAAGAAAUUGUUCUCUUGAUUUUGGGGACAAAUAUUGCUAGCAUCUGUUAUAUGUAACAUGUUUUCCCCAAAAGCCAGUCCCAGCUGUUCCUUGAAAUAGAUUCAUAAUUAUCCUUGCCUUUCUGACCUGAAAGUGUUUUUUCAAAAUAUCAAACUAUUCACUUUCUCUCUAUGUCAUCUAUUUCAGACAAUAUUAUAAAACAAUUAAUCACAUAGUGAGACUUAGUAUGGUUGAUUAUUAAUAUAUAUGUUAUAACUUAUGUUGGAGAAGAAAUAUGAGUUUUUAUUUAACUUUGAGUGCAGCUCAGUGUAUAUUUAUUACUUCAAUCGUUUGAAUGAUUUCAUUAUUUUAGUGGUUGUUAUCCUGUAAUGAAUAAUGGCGCAGCAUUGAGUUUGUUUCCUUUCUGUUAACCAAACAGUAACAAAGUAAGUAUUUGUUUGUCUGAUUGCCAUAUUUCGAGUGUUUUUCUCAUCAUGAAACAACAAAUGGAGUUUUCUUAAGACAAAAUAAAAAGACCAGAAUGUUGGAAGCAUUUCUGUGGAAUAGACAUUUGGGGUCUGACAAGCAAAUAAUUAAUUUAUUCUGUCUGGAUCAUUGUUUUUUUUAGAGGAUUACGAUCCUUGUAUUUAAAGGGAACUACACAUCAUUGUGAUAAAAGUCUGAUCAAAUUCAAUAUUUCACAUGAUCUUGAUGAUAAAAUCAUUGUUUGAAAUUCCAGUUGGAAACUUACAAAUAUUGUAAAAAUCAUAAAAAUUGUGAUUUUGUUAUGAUUGAUAACUCAGCUUAAUCAUCACCUGUCUGGUUUGUUUAUUUUUGAAAUAAUCAAUUCUUACACAUAACUAUGUCAAAUUUAGCUAUUUCUUUUAAAGACAUAGCUCAAAGUUAAGAUUUGUUGUCUGGAAAGUACUAUCAAAUUUGGCACUAGUUAGGCAUUAUGGGUAAUACUUGUGAACGUUAGUACACAUUUCUGUUACUGAUGAGAAUGUAUUUUGGAUCAUGGCUGAAUGCUAUCAUAGGUGAAUCAAGCUUCAUCAUGAAUAAAAUAUCAGAAACAAA